GUGGAUGAAAGAAAAAUGGCAGGUGGUGAUGUAUGGAAAGCCCAUGGUGCAAUGGUUUUGGUACAACUUGUCAUUGGUGUUUACCAUGUGAUUACUAAGGUGGCUCUGGAUUUGGGCAUAAAUGAAAUUGUCUUCUGUUUGUAUAGAGAUCUUAUUGCUAUAUCUAUUCUUGCCCCAAUUGCCUAUUUCCAUGAAAAGAGGUGGAUGCCUCCUCUGAGUAAACGGCUAGUACUGUCAUUCUUCAUUUUAGGAUUAACUGGUAUUUUCGGUAACCAACUAUUGUUUCUUGUUGGUCUUGGCAACACAAAUCCGACUUAUGCUGCUGCGUUUCAACCUUCAAUACCAGUCUUCACGUUCAUACUUGCUGUACUCACGGGUACAGAAACUACGAAACUUCUUACUGUGGAAGGUCAGACAAAAGUUGGAGGUACCAUCGUUUGUGUUUCUGGGGCUUUUCUAAUGGUUGUAUUCCGUGGUCCAAUGGUGUUUGGAGACGGCACAUCAGAUUUCACAGCACAAAUUGAGAUAAGUGCUAAGGGUCAAUCAGAGCCUGCUGGAUGGCUACUGUCUAGUUUUCUGGUACUUGAUAAUUGGCACCUCGGCGUCUUAUGCUUAAUAAUGAACUGUAUGUGUGUAGCAGCAUACUUAGCUCUUCAGGCUCCAGUUUUGAUAGAAUACCCGGCAAGCAUAUCAUUGACAGCAUAUUCUUACUCUUUUGGCGUUGUAUUAAUGAUAGGGACAUCAUUCUUUAUGACCAAUGGAUCAACAAGUUGGUAUUUAACACCAUCUGAAGUUGUGGCAGUGUGCUAUGCUGGAAUUGUUACAUCAGGGCUGAACUACGGACUUAUGACAUGGUGCAAUAAGGUUAUUGGCCCUGCUUUAGUUUCUCUAUACAGUCCGCUUCAAGCUGUUGCAACAGCAAUUCUGUCUAGUAUUUUUCUUGGAAGCGAUAUUUAUCUGGGAAGCAUUUUGGGAGGAGUUCUCAUUAUAGCUGGGCUUUAUUUAGUAACUUGGGCAUCUUACAGAGAGAUGCUGGCAGCCAAGGGAACUGUUCUGACGGAUCCCCUAAUUCCACAUCAGAUCAUAGGACACAUUUCCUCUGUUCCUUCUUCUUCUUCGAUGCCAAAGAUCAAUGACUAG